AUGCUGCCUGGGCAGGCGAAGCAGGGCGAGGGCGCCGAGGACGCGCCUGGCGCCACCUCCUCCACGGCCGACAUCGACGAGGCAGGCGCCUACUACCGCGUGCCUUACCACGUCCCCUCGCGCGACGACGGCAACAUCGGCCAUCGGCGCGCGUCGGGGCGGUUCGAGUUGGCAAUCGAAGGGGCGCUGCUUGCGGAUGCGGUCGUGCGGGAGCAGCUGGUGGAGCGGCUGGGCCUGGUGGUGCACCGCGUGCGCCUGAGCCACGACCGCCGCACCGUGCACGUGCUGUGGGACGCGUACCCGGGCGCGGCUGCGGCGGCCGAGGCGGCGCUGCAGCGCUGCGCGUUCCGGCUGCGGCGGCACGUCGCCAAGGUGCUGCGGACGCGCAACACGCCGUACCUCGAGUUCCGCCACGACCACCUGCCGCCCCACCAGGCGUCUGUCGCAGCCGCGAUCGAACGUGUUGAGCGGGAGGCGCUGCAGGAGGCCAGCGGCAGCGGAGAAAGUGGUGCUGGGGCGGCAGGGGCGGGGUGGGGCCCAGCCAAGGUGGGAGGGCAGCAGCAGCAGCAGCAGCAGCAGCAGCAGCAGCAGCAGCAGCAGCAGGAGGAGCAACAAUGGGAAGAGGAGCACUGGCGCGACCACGUUACCGAGGCGCGUUUGAGCGCUGCGGCUGGGGCGGCGCCGGCGGCUGAGGGCAGUGCCGCCCUUGCACCCGACACUUUGGAUGAGGCAAUCAGAGAGCUGGAGGCGCGGUUGCCGUCGCGGCGACGGCAGCAUGUGCCCAGGCAGGGCGGCGAGCAGGGCGGGAACAGUGACAAUGGGUGGGGCGGCUGA